AUGAUGGCCCUGACAGCCACUGCGGCGCCACGGGUUCGCGACGACGUGGUCAGGAGUUUGGGCUUGAGGGAUCCGUACGUGGACUCGGGCUCCUUCGACCGAUUCAACCUCUUUCUCAAGGUGAGGCCCAAGGGCGAACACGGCAUGCGCAAGCACCUCGAGUUCUUGGUGGAACGGCUCCGCGCCGAGGCCGCCAGCGCGGAGGGCAUCAGGCCCACCAUCGUCUAUUGCGGCACCAGGGACACCACAGAGGCCGCGGCUGCGAUGCUGCAGGAGAGCCUGUCCGGAUGGGGCGUCGCCGCGCUGGCCUCCAAAUCCGACGCCAGGGGCCUUGUGGGCUGCUACCACGCCGGCCUGUCGAGGGAGGAGCGCGACUCGACGCACACCCGGUUCCUCACGGGCGCCAUGCCGGUGUGCGUCGCCACG